UGCUCGGUCCUAACACGCAUAUCAAUUUGACACACUCAGUAAACUUUGCCAAAUAAGCAAUUUUUUUUUUACUUAAUUGGGAAAUUUGCAGCAGCAAGAUUAUGGAGCUCUGGAACAGCGUCCUGAAUCAAGUCCCCUCUCACUAAGAAUUAUUAUUGCCGUAAUGUCUUGGUUCCCAUCCAAAUGCUACUGCAGUCAGUCAGAACCUCAGCAGGCUUUCGGUAGGUUCCUACAAUCAUAUCAAGUCACACAGUCACAGAAUCGCAGGGUCGUGCUGUUUGGAACGGAGCUCAGAAGCUCUGCGUGCACAUCAGCUGCUCAAAGCAGGGCCAGCUACGCUCUCAGACCAGGUUGCUCGGGGCUUUGUCCGGCCUGAUCCUGAAACAUUCCAGUGACGGAGGCUGGACGCCUUCCACGGGCAACCAGCUCUGCUGCUUGCCUGUCCUCACGGGGAGAAGGUCGCUCUAUACGUCAUCACCUGAGCCUGUCUUAUUGUAGUCCGUGCCCUUUCUCUCUCAUCCUCCCACCAGAAACCGCUGUGCAGAGCCUGGCCGUAGCCUCCCCGUAGCUGUUACCAGGGGCUGCUGUUAGGUCCCCCCAAAGUUGCCUCUUCUUCUUCAGCUUGAGCUUCAGCAUAAGGAACUGUGGAGAAGGAUCCACGAAACCUGUCACUGCACGGGAGAUUUAUGCGACCGAGCAUCUCUCCCCGCUCGGCACGUGUCUGAACUUGCUGUGAUCGGGGAAAGGAAAUCUUAGUGAGCAGUUACAGUUGUGAAGUCCUACAACUGAUAAAAAAUACACACUCCUUUUGUGGACCUUAACACGCAGUGACGAUGAAAGAGAUUUUGUUAGUCUCUAGAUUUUGCAGUAACGUAUUUAAUAAUCUUUGAUAAUCCUCAAGUAGAAAUCCAUCAAAAAUGGAUCUUACUGUAAUAGCAAUGAGUAUUUUGGUAUACUUUGUACGCUUAACACCGAUUUGCGUCUUCAUUUAUUUCACAAUAUUUUGCACGUACAUAGCAUCUUCUACAAAAGCAGAUUUUAGAAGGUACUGAAUGCACUACUGAAGUCAAGACUGUCAAUCAGCUGUGAGUAAAUAUGACAAUUCCUGGGUAUGAGAAAGAAGUAAGACAGCAGCUCUUGUAUGUACAGCACCAUGUAGAAAAUAUUAAUCAGAAGUUAAUAGGAACCUAAUGUGAGGGUUGUUUAGGAGACGUCAGUCGAAACUAUUUCAAAGAGGAAACGUAAAGAAUAGGAAAGUCUCUCCCCUUCCCUCUUCCAUCAGUAAGCAUUCAUUAUGAGUUGUGAUUAAGGAAAGCAUUGAAAGUCCUGCAACUAGUCGAUCACUUUGUCUGCGCAGUGGAAGGUUAACAACGCUUCCAUCUUUUUUUUUGAGUCAUCUAAUGAGAUUCUUUGAUGCAGAUUAUGUGAAACGGGAAUCCUCGUCUUGGAGAAUUUUGAUUGAAUUUUUCUCUGCGUGUGGAUUUUUUUUUCUCAAGAGAGAAAAUGACAGAUCUCUGUAGAGGAACUGUGGAGUCACAGCCUGAACCAGUGAUGGGGCACCUGGAGGAAAGGCCCAGUCAGCCCUGGGAGCACAGGUGAAGGCAAUUCACUGUGUGUCAGGAAGCCUGGCUCCAUUCUUCUUAGGCCUCAUUUAAGGGCCGACUGCCACUGAGGGAGGAUCUCUUUCUGGAGAUCUCUUCUUGGUGGUAGUUCUGCCCUGCAAACUCAGAGUCUUCUGAUGUGGGGGCAUCAUGAGAUUUAUCAGUAUUGCUUUAGAGCAGCACGCAGACAAGAGAUCUCAUGAAGGGAACUCUCAGCCGAAGUUUCUAGGUGAUAUCAGAACCCCGGCGUUAGCUGCUUUUCUCUGUGGCAUUAGUAACAAUAAGAAGAAAGGAGGCCUCCAGCUCGUAGUAUAUGCUGAUAUCAGCUUUGUCAGGCCCCAGAUGCAGGUAUUUGUGACAAACCUCUCAGUUUCAAGCAAGUGGAAGCAGCUUUGUGCAGAAGCUUGGGUCCUCAGUGCUCACGAGGCAGUGGCUGCCCUGGAAUGGGGCUGGAAUUGCCAGGACUACAGGGUUUCUACUGAGCUGGUAACUGGGUGGUUUGCUGACCCCACUGCGCAAGUGAAGCUGGAGUGGCCCAAGGUUCCUUUGAGUGUCAGAUCAGUUGCUGAAUGAUGACCCUGUAUCAAAAAGCCAUGAGGCUUCCUCUGCCACUCCCUGUGGAGCCGAGGAUCCCGGCUUCAGAGCUGCAGCCUCCCAUCUGGAACGUCUGUGCUGAAGCCCUCUCUGCGGUGCUCAAGAGUUUGAAAGAGCGGAGCUGGAUCAGGAUCGGGAGCAGGAUGUCCUCAGUGUCUGGAAUCCAUUUGAGCAUCUUCUGGUUUUAUUUUCUGGGAUUAUCUGUCUCCAGUCCAUUAGGAAAUGAGAUGCCAUAAUGCAAGGAUUGUUCAUCUGGGAGAGAAUGUUGUGCAUGUAGUAGAGAAAGCAUUUCAGGGAGAUCAAGACUGGCAGUUAUCUGGAGUGAUGACAUAUACUUCCUGGCAACCAUAUUAUUAGAGGAGGUGUGUGUUUUUCAUACAUCCUUUCUUUAGAAGUUAUGGGUGGCUGGUGGCAAAAGCCCUAUUAUCUAUAGGAAGUAUCAGAGAGGAAAAAACCCGGACUAAUACAGUACUAAAAUGUGUUGUCUAAUGGCUUUUCUUAACAGGAAAGCGAAUAUUCCCUUGCAUUUUACUUAAACCAGCUCGCUGCUCAGGUUCACACAACAAGAUCCCAACCUUCAAUGAAGUUGUGUUCAUCUACUUGACUGAUGUCUUAAGUCUGCCAGGAAUAAAUACUGAGAACUGCACAUAUACAGGAAAAAUAGGCUGCUUUCUUCUCUCAAAGCAGGGCUAUUUUUUCUGUGUAAGGAUGCAGGAUGACGUUGCCCCAAAUGCGUAGCAGAGAAUCAAGCCAUGCACAAUGCACAUGUUUCCUGACUGUAUAUCCGUAGUCCCUGAUUUGGGCUAAAUCUUGCUGAAAUUGGGUUAGCAUCUGCCUGUUCUGUGCUCUGCCCUAAUUGUUAUGUACUUAGUGAGUGACAGUUAGGCUGAGAAGGUCUCCAAUGACAAUCGUGUUGUGUUUUCUUACUCCUAUGCAGCGUAGUCAGGGUUCUGUAUAGCUGCACAAGUAUUAGAAGCAGCUCCGUAAGCCUUUCUAGGAGAAAACAUGAUAUGCUAAUGGCCCCAAGAGAAUUAAGUAAAUCUGUGGAAAUUGCUUCCAUCUUUUUACAAGCACCUAUUAACUAUAUGUAUGCUCUUCUGUAUUUUUUUUCCUGUCUGUGCUUCUUGAGAACUGGUGAGGAAAGCAAAGCAAAAGAGCAUUUUUAAAAAUGUUAUAAUAUUUUUUAUUAAAGGAGGCAGUUUGGGCCUGUUUGUGUAGGUUUUUUUAUUGUUGUUAUUGUGUUUUCA